AGGGUCGGAGGAGUCCGCCGCCCGCAGCUCUGUGACGGACGAGCCUCAGCAGAACGAACCGCACACCGGAGUAGAACCCUCCUCAACCCGCGUUCAGCCAUGCCGUUGGUGAAGCGGAUUAUUGAACCCAGAUACUUGUGCCGUGGUACUCUGCCUGACGGGGUUGCCAGUGAGCUGGAAUGUGUGACCAACAGCACCCUGGCUGCUGUCAUCAAACAGCUCGGAGGACUCAGUCGUCAUGCCGAGGACAUCUUUGGUGAGCUGUUCACAGAGGCCAACAGUUUCUACCUGAGGAUGAACAGCCUGCAGGAGAGAGUGGACCUGCUUGCAGUGAAGGUUACACAGCUGGACUCCACCGUGGAGGAAGUAUCUCUGCAGGACAUCAACAUGAGGAAGGCUUUCAGGAGCAGCACUAUCCAGGACCAGCAGGUGGUAUCAAGGAGCUCCAUCCUCAACCCGGUGCUGGAGAUGUACCAACGCUGCGACAAACCCCCCCCCCUCAACAUCCUGACACCUUACAGGGAUGAUAAAAAGGAUGGGCUGAAGUUCUACACUGACCCAUCCUACUUCUUCAAUCUGUGGAGGGAAAAGAUGCUGCAGGCCACCGAGAACAAACGCAAAGAGAAGAGACGGCAGAAGGAGCAGAAGCAUGUGGAGGAGUCUUCAGGACGGGAGGUGAAGAAGGUUCGGAAAGCUCGUAACAGGCGGCAGGAGUGGAACCUGAUGGCCUAUGACAAGGAGCUCCGCCCAGAUGCUCGAGUGACACCAUCACCUUACCACACCUCAGACGGCUCAAUGUCACCUGACAGGUCGGGUAUGUCAGAUGACACCUCCUUCCCUGCCAGCCCCCACCACCAUGAUGCCCAGGGGCAUGAUGGGAAGGAUCACGUCAGUGUGGCAACUAGUGGAAGUGGUCAGACUCAGUCAUUGGACCGCGUUCUCCGACCCACCUCUGCGUCCUCUGCAGUUGCGGUGGCAACUGCCCGCCAGCACUCUCUGGGCCGCAACCAGCCGCAUCAUCACCACCACCACCCUCUACCUCUCGCUGGCUCAGCCAAUCAGAACGGAGCACGGACCAACGCUGCCAAGGAGGCCAAUGACCAUCAGAUCCCUCCGGCCCCUCCGCCACCCCCACCUCUCAUGCCGUCAGCGGGACAGAUGGGAUUCCCCAAAAGCUCCACCCAUACUGCUCCCAUGGCAACACCGCUGCACCCUGCAGCUGCUCCUGGUGGUUCUGCCACCCUCUCUCGUCCCUAUAGCCCCUCUCCUCCCCCGCCUCCCCCAGCCAACUAUGUCCCCUCCCCCUCCCGGCCCGGAGGCCAAGCCCCACCCUCGGCCACUGCUGCACCCCCAUUGCCCCCAGUGAUGGAUGGCAGGAAGCCUCCUGGCGGACCAAACGUGCCGACGAACGACGCCCGCAGUGACCUACUGGCUGCCAUACGCAGAGGGAUCCAGCUGAGGAAGGUUCAGGAGCAGCGUGAACAGGAGGAGGCCAAGAAGCGAGAGCCCACAGGAAAUGACGUCGCCACCAUCCUGUCACGGCGCAUUGCCGUUGAGUACAGCGAAUCAGAGGAGGAGUCCGAACCUGAGGACCAGGAGUGGUCCGACUGAGGAGAUGAGGAGGAAGCUCACAGUCUGACACUUCAUUAACACAAAGACGGACCCCGGAUCAGUCCUGACACGGUUGAAACGUAAA